UAAUCAAUUAUACAGGCUUGCUUAUAAUUCGGUGGUGUCUUUUCAUUUGAUUAAUGUUCACCUUUAAGGGCGCUAGCCUUAGUUCAAAAUGGAAUCUAAAACCAUGAAAGUCAAUCCAAUACUGGUCAAAGAAAGAGAAAAAGCCACUUUCAAUUCUGAAGAAUUUACCAACGUAUUUGACGGUGGGGCAGAUAAUACAAACAUCAGACGAAGAUUAACUGAUUUCUUUAUGAACGAUGAAAGAUUUGAUGAUAAUGUUCCUAUUGAGUAUUUAAGUUAUGCUGAAAGAUACGAAGAAGCCUUAAAGCGGUCUUGUAUUUUGUUUGAGAAGCUAAUCGAAUGGCAGCAAACUCAUGGGGACGGUAUAGAAAUUUUCAGAACUGUUCUCGGAGGGAAUAUCGCAGAUGCUCUUAUUAAAGACGGAAUGCCACUUGUGAUAAAUUACACUAUGUUCCUACCUGCGAUUUUCAAUAUGGGAAAUAUAGAUCAACAAGCCAAAUGGAUUGAACGGGUGUUGAAAAUGCAGAUAAUAGGAACAUACGCUCAGUCAGAACUCGGUCAUGGUUCCUUUGUAAGGGGUAUAGAGACCACUGCAACGUACGAUCCAAAGACUGAAGAAUUUAUUUUGAAUACACCCACCCUUACUUCACACAAAUGGUGGCCUGCCGGGUUGGGACAUACAGCAAAUUAUGCGGUGGUGUUCGCUCAACUGUGUUCACAAGAAAAAUGUUAUGGUCCGCAUGCGUUUUUAAUGCAGCUUCGUAACGAGGAAACUCACAUGCCUCUUCCAGGAAUUACCAUUGGAGAACUUGGAAGCAAACUGGGUCUAAAUGGAAUCAAUCAAGGAUUUAUGGGUCUCAAUAAUGUGAGGAUACCACGAGCAAACAUGUUAAUGAAAAGUGCUGAAAUUCUAAAGGAUGGUACCUAUGUUAAAAAUCCAUCAACAAAGAAAAGCAAUUAUGGAACGAUGAUGAUGGUCAGAGUUAUUCUUGUCAAAUGGACUGUGUGCAUUGCUCUCGCUAAAGCAGUUACGAUUGCCACAAGAUACAGUUGUGUACGAAAACAAUCUGAAAUGAGACCAGGAGAGGGCGAGUGUUAUGUAAUUGAAUACAAAACACAACAAUACAAAUUAUUCCCACAUAUCGCUUCAGUUAUGAUGAUUUCUAAUGCUGCUUUAUAUCUAACACAAAUGCACGAUUCGACAAAAUUAGAUAUUCAUAACUCUGAACUGGAUGAGACCAUUGCUGAGAUACAUGCUCUAUCUUGUUGUCUAAAAGCGUUGACAGCAACGGAUGCUGUACGCGGAAUAGAAGAGUGUAGAAAAGCAUGUGGAGGUCAAGGAUAUUUAACUUCAAGCGGGUUUCCAAAUCUUUAUAGCUCUACAACCGCUGUGGAAACGUAUGAAGGAGAAACAACCGUUUUAAUGCUUCAAACUGGGAGGUAUUUAUUAAAAAUGUGGAAACAAGCAAAUCAAGGUAUAAAAUUGGCUGGAUUGAUGGAAUAUUACAACACACACGCUUCAAAAACAGAUAUCCCAUGGAGAAACACAUUUCAUAACUUAAAUGAUGCUUAUAAGCGCGUCGCAAUUGGAUUAAUCAGAGAUACGUCACUGAAAAUUGAUUGUAUGAUGUCAUCUGGUGUUAUUCGUGAAGAAGCAUGGAACAUUUACUCGAACAACUUGGUGCUAUGUGCUGAGGCACAUUGCCGUUCCUUCAUGAUGGAUCGAUAUGAACGAUUGAUAAACACAGAAACUUUAUCCCAAGAGCUUAGGAAUGUGCUAACACAGUUGGGCGAGCUGUACGGGGUUUAUUACUUAUUGAAAAACUUCGGGUACUUCAUAAUGUACACAAAUAUACAAAACGAAGAUAUAAGUUCGAUUAGAGACUGGCAGAAUUCAUUGCUGACUGCAAUAAGACCGAAUGCAAUUCCUAUUGUCGACAGUUUUGACAUUUCGGACAAAGUUCUUCAGUCUGCAAUUGGUGCUUAUGAUGGAAAUGUUUACGAACGGCUUUUUUCUGAAGCAAAAAAGAGCCCACUCAACUCUCAACCAGUACCUGCUGCUUUUGAAAAGUACAUAAAACCAUUGAAAUCACGAUUGUGACUUUUGCAAUUAUUUGUUUCAACCUGUGGCUAAAUAUUAAAUUAAUUUCUUUUGAGAACAAAUAAUUACAAUUAUCAAUGAAAUUGUUUAUAAUGUGAUUAAUAUAUAAUCAAAUUAAAAAAAAAUGAUUUUCUUCAAUUUGUUCAAUUGUACUAUGGUGGUCUACUAAAACAAUUUUAUUA